AUGGAUGCACUUGUGUGCGAUAAUGGCACAGGAUAUCUAAAAGUGGGUUGGAGUAAUACAAAUUACCCAGACUAUACAGUCCCUUGCAUCAUAGGUCGUCCUAAUAAAAAAUUCGAAAGUGAGUGCUCAAACAGCUCUGACUAUGCGGUGAAUCUUACAUAGACUGAAUACUAUGGAGAUCAAGCUUUGCCAUUUCAGCAUUCUCUUGACUUAUCUCGACCAUUAGAGCAUGGUAUAGUAAAAGACUGAGAUGGAAUGCUUAAGCUCUGGGAUUACACAUUCACUGACAAAGUAACCAACCACUUAGAUGCACAUUGACUGCUCAUCAACAAAUUUACUCCUAACUGAAGCACCUUUGAAUCCAAGCUCCAAUCGACAAACAAUGGCAGAAAUUGUCUUUGAGACCUUUGACUUUGCUGGGAUGAAGGUCGAACUCCAAGCCACUCUUGCUUUAUAUGCCCAAGGACUCAUGACAGGUCUAAUUAUAGAUUCCGGAGAAGGAGUAACUCAUUGUAUUCCAAUAUGCGAAGGCACUGUAUUUAAAUCACAAAUAGAAAGAAUUGAUUUAGCUGGGCGUGAUUUAACUCAAUAUUUGUUAGAAUUACUAACAAGGAAAGAUAUACAUAAAAUGGCGGAGACGAGCGACCCGUCCUUCCGUGGCGGGUGUCCUUAUGUAUACCGGACAUGGUUUUUGGAUGCGGAGAACUACUCAGGGGGAGAGUUAGCCUCGAGGCGAGAGGCCCAGCCCAAUUUCCGCUGAUUUUGGGACUCGAUCCGGGUUAGCAGUUUUUCGCAUUCUUUUUGCCAGUAGCGCCGAGGCCCAGACUCGGUGUCCGAAAGAGGCAGGGUGAAUUACCUGCCUAGGCUAUUGGUUGCUUAGCCCCGAAUCCCGCAAGGGGUUGAGUUCUUUCUUGGAGAUGAUCCGGGAAAGAGGGAGGCGAAGCUAGACUAGAGAACUCAAGGACGCAAGUCUCUCCAGUUAAAAGGGUCCUCUCACGAGGGCGAUCUGGCCAACCGGAGGCAAAGACUGGCGUAAUUCGGGGCGGAAGGCUGAGUUGGAAAUGGUGGUGCCCAGCGACAGUCGGCUGACGACUCAAUAGGGCAACCCACUACCGAGAAACCAGGGGUUUCGGCCUGGGCUCAGAGAACCAGUGAUGGAAGUCCAUCCUUUUCGCUCGUGCCAGCACGGCUCCCCAAGGAGCGCGGAGGAAUGCCACGCAUGGAAGUAGGGACUAUAAAGACACAUCUUAAAUCUAAUCUAAUCUAAUCUAAUCUAACAAGGAAAGGCUAUAACUUUAAUACUUCAUAUGACUUUGAACAAGUGAGGGAUAUAAAAGAAGCAACUUGCUUUGUGUCUUGUAAUUUAGAAGAAGAUAGAGAACUGUGCAGGAAUACCUGCGCAUAUGAUAUUGAUUAUAAGCUGCCUGAUGGCGAAUGGAUUAGAAUAGGGCAAGAAAGGUUUGAAGCUGUUGAAGCUUUGUUUAAACCGAAUUUGAUAGGAAGAGAUGAAGAAGGGAUUGCUGAACUGGUCUUUAGGUCUGUGAUGAAGUCACCAAUUGAUAAUAGGAAAGCGCUGCUAGGAUCAAUGAUACUUAGUGGGGGGACUUCCAUGUUUCCGGGCAUGGUAGAUAGGCUGACUGGGGAUAUAAAAGCCUUGUAUAAACAAAUGAGGAAGCAGCAGAAUUCUAUUCAUGGGGAAAAACCUACUAAAGUAAAAAUUAAGAUUGAAGACCCACCCUAUAGGAAAUUUUUAGUCUAUAUGGGAGGAACAGCUUUUGCCAGAAUAUUACAAGGAAAGCCAGAAGCUUGGGUAACAAAGGAGCAAUGACAAGAAGAAGGAGAUCGUUGCUUGUUUUAG